AGCACACAAAACGAGAAAAUGGCGAUGCCCUUAUCCUCACCUUCAGUAACUCCGGCCCUCAAACUCUCGCCUCCAUUAACAUCCCAACCUCCCAGACUUCUUCGCCUCCCGUCCAACCCCACUACCACCGCCCCAACUUCAGUCCUCACGUCUGCACCUUCGGCCAAGUGGAGGGUCAGAAUCUCGUUUUUUCCUGCUUUUUUAAACAAACGCAAAGAUGUUAGUGCUCUUAAACAGGAGCUUCUUGAGGCAAUUGCGCCCCUUGAUCGAGGAGCUGAGGCCACCCCUGAAGAUCGGGAAAUGGUUAAUCAGAUAUCAUGCAAGCUUGAAGCAGCCAACCCCGUAAAGGAGCCACUCAAAUCUAAUCUACUUAAUGGGAAAUGGGAGCUCAUAUAUACUACUUCAAGAUCCAUUCUGCAAACGGAGAGGCCCAAAUUCUUAAGAUCAAGAACAAACUAUCAAGGAAUCAAUGUAGACACACUCAGAGCUCAAAAUAUGGAAUCUGGGCCAUUCUUCAACCAGGUCACAGCAAACUUGAUGCCUUUGAACACAAGGAAAGUAGCUGUUCAAUUUGACACUUUCAAAAUUCUUGGUUUGAUACCUGUUAAAGCACCAGGAAGAGCUCGUGGUGAACUGGAAAUCACAUAUUUGGAUGAAGAGUUGCGAAUAUCCAGAGGUGACAAAGGAAACCUGUUUAUCUUGAAGAUGAUCGAUCCUUCUUAUCGAGUACCCGUGUAAGGCUAAUCUCUUUACUUGUUAUAUAUCCUCAUAAAACUUGAAGAAACUACACAACCAGAGAAUGAUUAUUUUGUAAGUUGAUUCUGGGGAUAUCUUGAUAAAAAUUGAGACCAUCUUCUGUGUAUCUAUGCCAAAUUGUUCUAUAGAAAUCCCUCUACAAUGCAAUAUAGAAACAAAUAGUUCAUAGUUCCAAA